AUGAAUCUCUUCCGCGCCCCCGCCGCCGCCCGCGCCGUCAAGAUACUUGACAGGUCGCUCUUUGCCCGCACGCUGCCCACGGCCGCCGCCUCGGUACGCGAGAACCGCCUCAUCUCAAAGUACCGCCAGCAGCUCGAGGCGACAAAGGAGCUGCUCGUCCUCGACAGGCUGUCUACCGUGACUGUUGAUCCCGACCCGGCGCUGGCGGCCCAGGGCAGAAAGUGCUUGAUCCUCAAGCCGGGCAUCAAGCCCGCAGCGCCUGAGACUUGGAGCCCGGCUCUUCAAGAGGCUUCCAAGGCCGGGGACUUGACUGUUGUUUCGUUGGAGCUGCCCAUUGGCUAUGAGCUGUGGAGUUAUCUGGAUGUCGUCAAAUCCGUGUUGCCAGAGGAGCUGCAUGGCGAAAUCCCCGUUGGCUUCAACACGGCUGGUCAUGUCGCACAUCUCAACCUCAGGGAGCAGUAUAUGCCCUACAAGCAUGUCAUAGCACAGAUCAUCGUCGACAAGAACCUCCACAUCCGCACUGUAAUUAACAAGACGGACAACGUCGGCACCGAGAACGAGUUCCGCACUUUCGCCUACGAAGUGCUUGCGGGUCCAGACGACAUGCUCGUUGAGGUCAGCGAGGCCGGCUGCGCCUUCAGUUUCGACUACUCCAAGGUGUACUGGAACUCGAGGCUUGGCUUCGAGCACCAGAGAAUCACGGCCCUCUUCAAGCCAGGCGAGGUCGUCGCCGACGUCAUGGCUGGCAUCGGGCCCUUUGCUGCCCCUGCAGGCAAGAAAGGCGUCUUCGUGUGGGCCAAUGAUAAGAACCCGGAGAGCUUCAAGUACUUGAACGAAGCAAUCAGGAGGAACAAGGUGACGGAGUUCGUCAAGCCCUUCAACCAGGACGGUCACGAGUUCAUCCAAAACGCAGCCGACCUCGUCUUGGAAGCGUCCCGCCGCGGCGAUUGUGCCCUUGUCAAGCCCGCGAGGGUGUCCAGGAGCGCGCCGCCGGCUGCCCGGCCUGAGCCAACGCGCAUCCCCAUACCCCCUACCAUCUCUCACUUUGUCAUGAAUCUCCCCGCAUCCGCCCUCGAAUUCCUGCACAACUACCAUGGCCUCUACCAUGGGCAUGAUGACCUCUUCGUCCCGCAUACCGAGACAAAACUGCCAGUGAUUCAUGCUCACUGCUUCGCUUCCAAAGCAAACGACGCGACCCCCCUAGACGACAUCUGCCAGCGAAUCUUCAAUGAAAUUGGGGUCAGGCUCGUGCCAGGAGAUGCGGAAAACGACGGCGCGGUGACCAUCCACGAAGUUCGCGACGUGGCCCCCGCAAAGCGCAUGUUCUGCGCCAGCUUCCGCUUGCCCGCCGAGGUCGCCUUCGCGCCUCGUCCUUGA